AUGGCUAAAGGUAAUCACUCAUCAGUGUCUGGAUUCAUCCUCCUGGGGCUCACAGACAAUCCAGAGCUUCAGGUCAUUCUCUUUGGUGUGUUGCUGGUUGUCUACUUAGUCAGUGUGACCAUGAAUCUUGGACUGAUUGUGCUAAUCCAUGUCAGUCCUUUGCUGCACACACCAAUGUACUUUUUUCUUAGUCACCUGUCUUUUAUUGACUUUUGUUUUACCUCCUCUGUCACCCCAAACAUGCUGGUGAACUUUAUGUGUGUAGUUAAAAGCAUAUCAUUUUUUGCAUGUGCUGUUCAGGUGUGUUGCUUCAUCACAUUUGCAGUGUGUGAAAUGUACCUGCUCUCCAUCAUGGCCUACGAUCGCUAUGUUGCCAUACGUAACCCCCUGCUUUAUGCCAUUCUCAUGCCUAGAAAACUGUGUGUUCAGAUGAUUGCUGGCAUGUACAUAUAUGGAUUCACUGUGGGUCUUGUUCAGACUGUGGCCACGUUUCGGCUAUCUUUUUGUGGCUCCAAGAUGGUCAACCACUUCUACUGUGAUGAUGUUCCCUUAAUUGCUCUGGCCUGUUCUGACACUCACGUCAAAGAGCUCAUGUUGUUCAUCAUUGCAGGCUUCAAUACCCUUUGCUCUCUAGUGAUCGUGGGCACUUCUUAUGCAUUUAUCAUCUUAGCUAUCCUGAGGAUUCAUUCUACUGCAGGAAGACAGAAAGCAUUUUCUACUUGUGCCUCUCACCUGACCUCUAUCUCAAUAUUUUAUGGGACAAUUAGCUUUAUGUACCUGCAGCCUAAAUCAACCCACUCUCUGAACAGAGAUAAAAUUUCAUCUGUGUUUUAUGUGAUAGUGAUUCCCAUGUUAAACCCACUGAUCUAUAGCUUGAGGAAUCAAGAGGUAAAAAUCGCCCUGAAGAAAAUUAUGCAAAGGAUGGGUCUUACAUAG